AGUGCAGCCACUCUGGAAAACGAUAUGGAAGUUCCUCAAAAAAUUAAAAACAGAACUACCCUAUAACCCAGCAAUGCACUACUAGAUAUUUAUCUAAGGGAUAUAGGUGUGCUGUUUCAAAGGGGCACAUGCACCCCGAUGUUUACAGCAUUGCUAUUGACAAUAGCCAAAGUAUGGAAAGAGUCCAGAUGUCCAUCAACAGAUGAAUGGAUAAAGAAGAUGUGGUAUAUAUUUACAAUGGAGUAAUACUCAGCAAUCAAAAAGAAAUGUUGCCAUUUGCAACUAUGUGGAUGGAACUAGGGGGUAUUACGCUAAGUGAAAUUAGUCCAAGAAAGACAAAUAUCAUAUGACUUCACUCAUAUGAGGAAUUUAAGAUGAUGAACAUAAGGGAAGUAAUAAUAAUAUAAAAACAAGGAGAACAAAACAUAAGAGACUCUUAAAUACAGAGAACAAACUGAGGGUUGCUGGAGGGGCUGUGGGUGGGGAGAUGGGCUAAAUGGGUAAGGGGCAUUAAGGAGGACACUUGUUGGGAUGAGCACUGGGUGUUAUACAUAGGGGAUGAAUCACUGGAAUCUACUCCUGAAAUCAUUAUUGCACUAUAUGCUAACCAACUCAGAUGUAAAUUUAAAAAUAAAUAGAAAUUAAAUUAAAAUUAAAAUUAAAAAGUAACAAAUCUGCAUAUAAGUUUACUACACAGUUCAAAUCCAUGUUGUUCAAAGGUCAACCAUAGACUGACAUAUUCAAAAUACUGAAAUAAAAAACUGUCAACUAAAAUCCAAUGUUCGACAAAACUGUCCUUCAAGUUCUUGCUCAGAAAGGAAACAGCACAGAUGAGAAGGGAAGCUUCUCUUGCCCUCUCCCACCCAAAUCCUCCUCUUCCUGAACCUGUACAGUUUAGGUAGAGAUACAGAACAUGGGUUCUGGGUGGUGGGGGCAGACAGGAACAGGCAAGAGAGCUUCCCGGAGAAGACUGACAGGAAGAAACAUGGAUUCUACUUUUGUGCGCUGCGCCCCCAGUCUGCUUAUCUGUUCCAUCUGCAAGGACUAUUUCACAGACCCUGUCACCAUUAACUGUGGACACAGCUUUUGUACUCCGUGUCUCUGCCUCCUGUGGGAAGAUCCCCAGCAUCCUACCUGUUGCCCUGUAUGCAGGGCAGUAUCUCCAUGCAUGGACUUCAAAAGCAUUAUUUCUGCUGAGGGACAAGCUCGGGCUAAAAAAGAAUCAGUUGCCAAGCAGUUACCAAGGUCUGCCAGGCAGGUGUGUUGGAUACACCAAGCACUAAAGAAUAUCUUCUGUCCAACUGACAAGAGCCUGCUGUGUUUGCAAUGCUCUCAUUCGCCAGGGCAUACCACUCACAUACACUGUCCAGUUUCACAGGUCGCUGAGCACUGCAGGGAGAAACUUCUGAUGCAAAUGAAAUCUAUUUAAAAACAGAGAAAUCAGAGAAAUAUAAACAAAGAGUACAACUUACUUAGAGUAUGGCAGGGUUUUGUAAAUCUAAGGAUGGUGAUGAUCAAGGCUGAAUACCCUAAGGUGUACCAAUACCUCCACAAAGAAAAGCAAAAACAUUUAGAGAGCCUGGCAAUUGAAGGCAAGAUAAUUUUUCAUCGCCUCUGGAGAAAUGUAGCUAGAAUGCUUCAAAUGGGGAAACUCCUGAAAAGAAUCUAUGAGGAGCUGAAGGAAAUGUGCCUCAAAGCAGAUGUGCACCUGCUCCAGGAUUUGGAAGACAUCAUAAAAAGGAGUCAGUUAGUGCAGGCGCACUUGCCCCAGCCUGUGGACCCACAGCUCAGUGAGUGGACAAUCACUGGGAUGUCUGAAAGGCUUAACAACUUCCGAGUGUAUAUUACAUUUGAUGAUAACAUAAGGAAUUACCGUGUGCCUCUGUUUGAAGACCUGAGACGUUUGCAGUGCUGUCCUGACCAAGACCUGCGCCGCAGUCCAGCGAGUUCACAGUAUAAGCCUUCCUGGGCAGCUCAGGCUGCCUUCACCUCUGGCAAAUAUUACUGGGAGGUGGAUGUGGGAAACUCUCAGAAUUGGAUUAAAGGACUUUGCAGGGAAUCCUGGACAAAACACCAUAACUUGCUGCUCAACUCUGAGGGUAUCUUUCUACUUCUGUGCAACGUGGAUAACCAUUGCCGUCUCUUCUCUGCCUCCCUGCCACUGUGCCACUACAUUCCAAGACCCCAGGGCUUGGUAGGGGUGUUUUUAGAUUAUGAAUUUGGUAUAGUAAGCUUUGUUAAUGUUGCCAAAAGUUCCCUCAUUUGUAAUUUCCUUUCCUGUUCCUUUUCCUUCCCUCUCAGACCUUUCAUUUGUUAUGGACCCAAAUGAUCAGGAACAGCUCACAAACCUGACCAAGGUCUUAGCAAUUUUAAUAGCUGGGGAGGGUUCUAUCCUGGUGACUUCUUGAGUGGGGAAAAUCACUGAUACCUCAUGGUCUUGAACUUCAUUUUACCUUCAGGAGAUACAUUUGCUGUAUUAUUUUUUAAAGUGGUGACACUGUGAAAGAUGUACAUUUGUCUUUUCUAUUUUAUUGAAAUAAAAGUAAUCGCUUUAAAAAAAAAAAAACACUGUCCUUCAAAAGUGAGGGAGAAAUUAAGACAUUCCCAGAUAAUACUAGACAAUAA